AUGCGUCAUAGUAAAGUGUCAGCCUUGAUUCAUAACUCAGCAGCUUAUCCAAAUCUCAAUUCUUGUAGCGUCGAAGUCCACUUCCAAGAUGUUGUCGAUUCUGCCAACGGAUCUUCAACUGUCGUCCCUGGUACAGAGCUGGUGAUUACUCGUAAAUCCUUCCGAAACAAUAGCUCAAAGUAUAUGAUUAAUGACAAAGAAAGUAAUUUCACUGAGGUAACAACGCUAUUGAGAGAACGAGGAAUCGAUUUAGACCACAAGAGAUUUCUAAUUCUUCAGGGAGAGGUCGAGAGUAUUGCCCAGAUGAAACCCAAAGCUGACAAUGAUAAUGAUGAUGGUCUCUUGGAGUAUUUGGAAGACAUUAUUGGUACAUCACAAUAUAAAAAGGCUAUCGAGGAAUCCCUGGCAGAGGUCGAAGUUCUCAAUGAGGAUUGUGUUCAGAAGCAGGACCGCUUGAAGAUCGUCGAAACUGAACUUAACAGUCUCGAGGAUCAAAAAAAUGAUAUUGUGACCUAUCUUGAGCUUGAAAAUGAACUCGCAUUCAAGCAGUCAGCUCUAUGGCAACUACAAGCCUACCUUUGUCAGAAGAGAGUUGAGCUCAGCAAAUCCAUCGUCGAGGAACAACAUGCCAAACUGAAGGCUGAACUUGAUAGAACUACUGUCAAUUCUGAAGAAAUUGAAGUUUUGAAAAAGGAUCACGCUCAAAAGCUGAAGGAGUUAGACUUAAUCAAGAAGACACUGAGCGAGAAAUCAAAAUUGCUUUCGAAGCAUGAGAUUGAGAAAGUCAAGGUUGAGGAGAGAAAGAAGCAUCUGGAUUCCAAGAGGAAGAAACUGGAGAAGUCCAUAGAGGCAGCGACACAUUCUAAGGUCGAAACCGAAACGUGGCUUUCUAAUUAUCAAGAAGAAUCUAGCCAGCUGUCUGACCAACUCAAGGGUCUUCAAAAAUCCUUAGAGAAUGAAAACUGCCAACUAGAAGCUAUCCAAGAUGAGCUCAAGGACAAGACGGCUGAGUUUACCGAUCAAAUCGAAACGAUCCAGAAGAAAUUGGAGCCAUGGCGAGAAAAGACUAGGUCAAAGGAGUCUGAAAUUGCCGUUGCCAACAGUGAGUUAGAACUCUUGAAAGAGCGCGAGUCGCAAGGUGAAAAGUCGUUAAACGAAUCUAAGGAAAAUAUCACUAUUACUAUGAAGGAAGGGCGUGCAAAGGAGCGAGAAAUGGAAAAACUCAAGAAGGAACUUGAACAUGUGACUAGUCAGAUUAGUAUGGGAGUUAAGGAGUGCGACCAGGCAUCAAUUAAAUUGGCGAAAAUGAAGCAGCAGUUAGUUAAUGGUAGACAAAGAGUUGAUGCUGCCAAAGAAGCGCUAAGCUCCACUACCUCACAAAAUAAGGUACUCACCGGAUUGACCAGAUUGAACGAUUCCGGAAGAAUUCAAGGCUUCAGAGGACGCCUCGGUGCCUUAGGAACCAUUGAUGCUAAAUAUGAUGUUGCAAUUUCUACCGCUUGUCCUUCUCUCGAUAAUAUGGUUGUUGAUACUGUCGCUGCUGGUGAACAGUGUGUUGAUUACCUGCGAAAACAGAACCUCGGCCGUGCCAAAUUCAUCCUACUAGAGAAAUUACCGAAGCGAGACUUAUCUCCCAUCCAAACUCCUGAAAAUGUCCCGCGGUUAUUUGACUUAAUUGUACCUUCUGCUCCCGAGUACGCCCCAGCCUUCUACAGUGUAUUGUUUGAUACUCUUGUUGCUAAGGAUGCUGAUCAAGCCAGAAGAAUUGCUUAUGGCAAAAAGAGAUGGAGAGUUGUCACCCUCGAUGGUGUGAUUGUUGAAGCGUCCGGCGCAAUGAGUGGUGGUGGUGAGAUUUCGAGAGGAAAGAUGGCAGCUGGUCUUACAGAAGGUGCAUUGUCAGAGGGUCAAGUUCAGGAAUUGGAGAGAGUACAAGACGAGCAUGAGAAGAAGUAUAAAAUUGCUGAAAAUACUGUGUUGACUAUGCAAACCACAUUGAAGGAGUUACAGGAACGUAAGCCAGAAAUUGAAUUAGAAAUCUCAAAGGUCGAACUUGAUAUUACUGCUUUGACAGCCAGGCUUAAUGAAGCAAAGAAGCAGUCUGCUGAGCUUGCCAAAUCACUUGAAGCAAAUCGCCCAGAUCCUAGCACCCUGAAGCGGUCUGAAGAGCAUGUCGCCAAAUUGGAAGCCGAAUUAAAACAACUAAGAUCACACAGCGAGGGCUUGGAGCAAGAUGUGGCCGAUUUGCAAGAGAAGAUUAUGGAUGCAGGAGGUGUUCGUUUAAGAGUGCAAAAGUCGAAAGUUGAUGGUAUUAAAGAGCAGAUUGAAUUAGUCAAUACGAGGUUAGCAAAUGGCUUGAAGGAAAAUGCCAAGGCUAAUAACGAUUUCAAGAAGCAUUCCAAGACCAUCGAUAACUGCGAGGCAGAGAUUUCAGCAUCUACUCAAGAGCUAGAAGAAGCAAACAAAGAGCUAAGCGAGAAACAAUUGAUUAUUCAACAAUUCGAGCAGCUUGUUUCACAACUUAGUGACCAAUUGGAAGAAAAACAAGAAAUCCUUGAUGAGCUAAAAUCUGAGCUUGAUGCAAAGCAGAAAGAUAUUGAUUCGCUACGGUCUCGUGAAAUCGAAAUCAAAAACACUAUCGAUCAGCAUGAAAAGACCAUUAAAGACGAGUCAAACAGCCUCAGGUCCUGGAUUUCGCAAUUACAGAAGCUGCAACUUCAUGAUCUAAGCGAGAUCAAGGCCGUCCGUGUAAAGAAAGAGAAGCCAUUGAAAAAAUCUUUACCAAGGCAAGAUGUGGAGGAGGGAGAAGAGGCGGAAGGCAACGAAGAAGAUGAAGAUGUGAAUGAAGACGAAGAUGUUGCCAAUAAGUCGAUCCUAAACAAGACGGAAUUAUUUGAAUAUUCUGCGGAUGAGCUAGAGGCAAUGAACAAAGCUGAGUUGAAACGCGAAAUUGAAUCUCUCCAGACCAAGGGUCAGAACGCCAAGGUUGAUAUGCAGAUUCUCAAAGACUAUAAGCGCAGGGUAGAAGAGCAUGAUGCCAGACGUUUAGCACUCAACGAGUCCGUCACGGCAAGGGAUACAGUUAAAAAGAUGUGUGAUGAUCUACGUAAUCGCCGUUUGGAAGAGUUCAUGACAGGCUUUAACAGCAUCUCUGGCAAGCUAAAAGAAAUGUACCAAAUGAUUACCAUGGGUGGUAAUGCUGAGUUGGAGCUGGUGGACUCUUUGGACCCGUUCUCCGAGGGUAUUCUGUUUAGUGUUAUGCCUCCCAAGAAGAGCUGGAGGAACAUUUCCAACCUUUCUGGUGGCGAAAAGACAUUAAGCUCCUUGGCUCUUGUUUUUGCACUACACCAUUAUAAACCUACGCCAUUGUACGUAAUGGACGAGAUUGAUGCAGCUUUGGACUUCAGAAACGUUUCUAUUGUUGCCACUUAUAUCAAGGAACGUACAAAACAUGGCCAAUUCAUAGUCAUCUCCUUGAGAAAUAAUAUGUUUGAACUCGCUAAGCAGCUUGUUGGCAUCUAUAAAGUCAAUAAUAUGACCAAAAGCAUUGCUUUGCAAAACAACGACUAUAUUCAUGGGCAAGACAGUUCAAACACCACAAUUUUACCAUAG